AUGGGGAUUAAUGGCCAGUCAAACCGUAAAUACGCGCUGUACGAGUGCGUACGGUACAAUCGGGUUGCGAGGAUGAACAAGCUAUUGCAAUCUAUUUCUGACAAGUUAAAGCAUUUGGAAUCAAUUGCAACACCAGAUGCAGUAAACUAUGUUGAAGCAUGCCUCAAAGUACAGAAUAAACAGUUGUUGCACAAGAUAAAUUCGUUAAAAGAAUUAGUUAUUCAACAGGAGCUACUUCUUGGAUUAAAUCAACAACAACUUCAUCAUUCACCUUCUGUCGACGCUAUGUGCAAUGUUUCUAGUUUGAAUGGAAAUUCACUGGAAAUCGAACCAUUGUCUGAAAAAGGAUUAGUGCCGGAAGAGCAACCCAAACAGAGGACAGAGGUACAAACGGACUCAGUGAAAACUAAAAAUCGGAACAUCGAACGUAAAAUACUAGAUGGAAAACCAAAAUCUACUGAAAAGCCUGUUGAUAUUGGUCGUCUGGAUCUGCGUGUCGGUCGAAUUAUAGAUGUAAAUCGCCAUCCUGAUGCUGACUCGUUAUACGUAGAGAAAGUUGACUUGGGUGGACAUGAAAUACGCACUGUUGUCAGUGGGUUGGUGAAAUAUCUACCUAUCGAGUCACUACAAAAUCGAGUUGGGAUAUUUCUCUGCAAUCUCAAGCCAGCAAAAAUGCGCGGUGUUGAAUCAGAAGCAAUGUUAAUGUGUGCAAGCUCUCCAGAUACUUGUGGAGUAGAGCCUCUGAUUGUUGAAGGCCCAGAUAUACAGUUAGGUGAUUCAGUUGUGGUUCCUGGAUAUAGUCACGAUCCUGAUGACCAACUUAAUCCCAAAAAGAAAAUUUUUGAACAAGUGAAACCAGAUCUUAGAGUAAAUGAAAACGGGAUCGCUAUGUAUAAAAAUGUUUCAUGGACACUAAAAGGGUCUUCUCUUGCUGUGAUUAAAUCACUCAGGGUCAAAGACGCUCAAAUAGCUUAGUCGCUAACUACACCCUUUUUAAAAUACGCUAAUAAUUAUAUAUAUUGUUUUCGUGAAUUAUUUUUCUUGUUAUAAUCCAGCCACUGGAAACUUCUGGAACAUGAGUCAUAACAGGUACCUCCUUCAAAUGUUGCUUUUGAAUCCGGUGAUGUACGCUUUAAUUGAUUCGUUUUGGUUUAAAGCAUAUAUUUUCAGCGACGUAAUAUUAACGAAAAGACGUUGAUAGGUCACAUUUCAGUUUCGAAUGAAAACCAAUAGGGUUUUCGCUCUUGUGAGUUUUACACUAUAAUUCAUUUACUGAUUGAGUAUAAUCAGAG